UAUCAUAGUAACUCCGGAACCCUAAAACGAGGAAAAUGCAUCAUACAAUAUCUUGAGGACGAAAUUAAUAAUUGUUCAGUCUCUUCCGUCGCGCGAAGAAAAUGUUUGUGUUUUUUGAAAACGAGUUAAUACUCGUCUUCGCGCUUCUGCCAGCAGUUUUCGUCUACUUAUAUUUUCGUUUCAAAUACUCCUACUGGUCUAGUAGAGGCGUACCCGGUCCCGUCCCGGGCGCCCCGUACGGGAAUCUGGAGGACGUGAUAAAGCGGAGGGCCCAGUUUUUCCAACCCUAUGCCGACGCGUACUUCAAGUACCGACAUCUCCCGUACGUGGGCAUGUACGCCUUCUCCGAGCCCGUCCUCAACGUCCACGAUCCGGACCUGGCGAAGCUCAUCCUGAUCACGCACUUCGACCACUUCCAAGCCCACGGGAUCUUCAGCCCGGGCGACCGGGACUCGCUGUCCGACCACAUCUUCAACGCCCACGGGAGGCGGUGGAGGAGGCUGAGGAACAAGCUGACGCCGGCCUUCUCCUCCGUGAAGCUGAAGGGUGCGAUGCCCGUCAUCAACGACAUCACCGAUUCCGCUAUAAAAUAUAUCGACGAUCUCUAUUCGAAAGACGAGCCCAUAAAUAUUUCUCAGUUCUACGAGAAGUUCACGAUGGAAAUAAUAGGGAACGUGGGGUUCGGUGUGGUGUGUGAUGGAUUCAAAAAUAAAAAGUCGGAAUUCGUUUUGUACGGGCACGAGUACUUCGAACCGACCUUCUGCCGAUCAAUCAUACGUUUAAUAGGAUUCUUUGCACCGAAAGUCCUGAAGGUUUUCAGUUUAAAGAGAGUUCGUAAGGAAACGGAGCAUUUCUUUUGGAAUUUAUUGAAGGAGAUGGUGGCAUAUCGGCAGAGGAACAAUUACCAACGGAACGACUACCUUCAAACGCUCAUCGAUUUAAAAGGCAAUGACGAGCAUGCGGACGGUAAUGAGGUGGAAAUUGAAUUUACGCAGAAGGACUUAUGCGCAAACAUGAUGAUGUACAUGUUCGCCGGUUACGAGACCUCAGCCACCACGGGACAGUUCGCGAUUUUCGAGCUCACGUGCAACCCGCUCAUACAGGACAGGGCCAGGGUGGAAAUCAGACAGGUUCUCGAGAAUCACAAGGGAAAGGUAACUUACGAAGCGCUAAAGGAGAUGACGUACUUGAACAUGAUUAUAGAUGAAACGAUGCGGAAGUAUCCACCGAUGCGAGCGCUUUUCAGACGAUGCACCAAGGACUAUCUGAUACCGGGCACGAAUGUUACGAUUGAAAAGGGCACGCUCAUAUUCAUACCUAUUCAGGCGAUUCAAAUGGAUCCCGAGUAUUUUCCUAAUCCGCAGGAGUUCCAGCCGGAAAGGUUUUCCCCGGGAAACAAGAAAAAACUACACCCAUGUGUCUGGAUGCCGUUCGGCGAAGGACCGCGAAAAUGCUUAGGAAUGCGCCAGGGGUACCUACAGUCGAAAAUGUCCCUCGUGAGGAUUCUGAUGAAGUACGAGAUGAUCCUCGACAAACGCACUGAAGUCCCAAUUACGAACAAAGUUAGCGCCCUAGCCAACGCCUCCAACACAGGAAUAUGGAUUCGCCUGAAGGAACUCAACUCGUAAUAAAAUCAAGCGCAUCCGGAGUAUCAACUUCAAAAAGUAUCAGAGCACCAAUUCUACGAUAACUUUCAGUAAUGUUAGAGCAAUUUAAUGAUAAAGCUUAUCAGUCGGCAAUGGGCUUAAGAAAAGUAUUUUAUUAUUAUUUAAGUAUUAUCAUUAAGCUGUUUAAAUUUUAAAAUUUUUAUAUAUUAUGCGAAAACUGAACAGGGGAGGAAAAAGGUCAAACGCUACACCCACUCCUCCCUCCCUACCUCUUUUACUCCGAUACGAAAAUAUUUUUGUCUUUAUGUGGACUUGUGAAAAUUAGGUAGCGUUAAAUUUUUGCUAAAAUCUUUUUCGAAAUUUCUUCUUCUUCAGUGACUCUUGUAUAGUUAUUAUAUUUUGUUAAAAAGUUUAAUGUAUAAGUUACGAGUUACGACCGCUUUGGUCGAAACUG